CAAUGUUAUUUUCUCAUGUUUUCGCUUAUUUUCCAUAUUUUUUGUGCAUUUUGGGGAAGCAAAUUUCACAUGUGGAUAAAUAAGAGAACACGUGUCAAAGUGCCAGCCUUUGCUAACACUUCUAGUAGUUCUCCCACAGAACAGAAGGUUCACACUUCACAACAUAACCUCCAUACAAGCAUGGCCUAUCUGCACUCUCCAAGUCUAACCACACUUAAGCACAACCCUAAACCUGCAUGCUUCCCUCCUUCAAAACCCUCUCCACUUCACAAUCUCUGCUUCUUCACAACCCAACUCAAAAUCCAGCCUCAGAGAUGCAAUGCAUUCUUCAGCGAAAUCUCCGAUAGUAUAUUGGAAACCGCCCUUCAUUUGGACCAAUUUCCUCCUCUGCAAUAUGGUUUCAUGCAGUUUGAGAGGAUCACAGAGGAGCUAUCAGAAACACAGAAGUGGGGGUUCCUUGUUUUUGCUGGGGUUACUUGGAUAUACUUAACUGCGAGGCCGGGGAUUCUCAUUGGCGCCAUUGAUGCGUACCUUCUUGCUCCUCUGCAGUUGGUGUUGGACAGCUUGAUUGGGAGGAGGAGGUUGAAGAGGACGGACUUUGUGAUCGGGGAAAAAUUGGGAGAGGGGUCUUUUGGUGUGGUAUAUUCCGGGGCAGUUGUUCCGAAGAAUGUGAAUGUGGAGGAGAUGGUGCAGAGGAGAGGAAGGGGAAGGGCACCACAAUUGGAUGAGAGGUUUAAGGACAAGGUCAUCCUCAAGAAGGUGAAGAUUGAAGUUCAAGGGGCUGAAGAAUUUGGCGAAUUCGAGGAGUGGUUUAAUUACAGGUUGUCUAGAGCAGCACCUGAAACAUGUGCUGCGUUCCUGGGAAGUUUUGUUGCUGAUAAAACAACAUCACAGUUUACGAAGGGUGGAAAGUGGCUCGUCUGGAAAUUCGAGGGAAACCAAAACCUUGAUGAUUACAUGAAAGAUCGGAAAUUCCCUUUUAACUUGGAGUCUGUCAUGUUUGGACGUGUCCUGCAAGAUGUAGACUCCGUCAAACGCAGUGCAUUGAUCAUCAAGCAAAUCAUGCGUCAAAUUAUUACUUCGCUCAAGAAAAUCCAUGACACGGGCAUUGUCCAUAGGGAUGUAAAGCCAGCGAACUUAGUAGUAACAAAAAAGGGACAGAUCAAGCUCAUAGAUUUCGGGGCAGCCACUGACCUUCGGAUUGGAAAGAAUUAUAUACCAGACCGUGCCCUUCUUGACCCUAACUUUUGUCCUCCUGAACUAUAUGUGCUCCCAGAGGAAACACCGAAUCCUCCUCCUGAGCCUAUUGCCGCCUUACUUUCUCCGAUUCUUUGGCAGCUGAACAGUCCUGAUCUGUUUGAUAUGUAUUCUGCGGGAAUUAUACUACUGCAAAUGGCAAUACCAUCCUUAAGGUCUUCAGCAGGCUUAAAGAAUUUCAAUUCAGAGAUAAAAAUGGUUAAAUAUGAUUUGAAUAAAUGGAGGGACUACACUCGGUUGAGGCCAGACUUGUCACUUCUUGAUCUUGAUUCGGGUAGAGGGUGGGAUCUGGCCACAAAGCUUGUUUCCGAGAGAGGUUCCCUUAGAAGAGGGCGCUUAUCUGCCGCUGCUGCUCUAAGGCAUCCUUAUUUCUUGCUAGCUGGUGACCAGGCAGCUGCAGUUCUCUCAAAAUUAAGUUUUACCAAAUAGUGAGCUGCUUAUGAUAAACUGAAGAAUGGAGAGGCUCACAGACACAAGGCGUUGCCCACUUAGGUUGUGAUGGUUGCCAUUUUGCAUCCGAUGAGACCUAAGGUUCUCGCUUUCAAUUUGCCACUCCAUCGGAUGCAAUUACAGGAGUUACAGGUCUUCAAUUGUUUUUCUUUACUGGUAAUAUUAUAGCAGAGGAGGUAUACACAUAUACUCCCCCAACCCCACUUUGUAAUUCAUUCUACAUUUAGCAGUACUCUCUGUAUCGGAAAGCUCAUUUAUGUCAUUAGAAAGUAACGAAAUCAAUUGGUUCAUGAUCAA